AUGGCCGAAAUGUCUCUAGAAGAGAUCAAGAAUGGGAAGGUGGACCUUGAGAAAAUACCUGUGGAUGAGGUGUUCAAGCAGUUGAAAUGUACAAGGAAAGGGUUGACGAGUGGGGAAAGCGAGAAGAGGCUCCAAAUCUUUGGACCCAACAAGCUCGAGGAGAAGCACGAGAACAAGUUCCUCAAGUUUUUGGGGUUCAUGUGGAACCCGCUCUCAUGGGUCAUGGAGUCUGCAGCUAUCAUGGCCAUCGUACUAGCCAAUGGAGGAGGCAAGCCCCCAGAUUGGCAGGAUUUCAUCGGUAUCGUCGUCCUGUUGAUCAUCAAUUCCACCAUUAGCUUCAUCGAAGAAAACACUGCAGGCAAUGCUGCUGCUGCUUUGAUGGCCAAUCUCGCUCCUCAAGCUAAGGUUCUGAGGGAUGGGAAAUGGCAAGAGGUGGAAGCAGCAGUGCUGGUUCCAGGAGAUGUGAUCAGCAUCAAAUUGGGCGAUAUCGUCCCAGCCGAUGCACGUCUCUUGGAAGGGGAUCCUCUGAAGAUUGAUCAAGCCGCCCUUACUGGAGAGUCUCUUCCUGUGACGAGGAGUCCUGGUGACGAAGUCUUCUCCGGCUCAACUUGCAAGCAAGGUGAGAUUGAUGCUGUCGUGAUUGCCACCGGUAUACAUACCUUCUUCGGCAAGGCAGCUCAUCUUGUUGAUAGCACCAACAAUGUUGGCCACUUCCAACAGGUGUUGACAUCUAUCGGUAACUUCUGUAUCAUCUCGAUUGGGGUGGGUGUGGUCAUCGAGGUUGUCGUCAUGUAUGCCUUUCAACACAGAGAGUACAGAGCAGGAAUUGACAACCUGCUGGUGCUUCUCAUCGGAGGGAUCCCGAUCGCCAUGCCCACUGUUUUGUCGGUGACAAUGGCUAUCGGGUCUCACCGGCUAUCGGAGCAAGGCGCCAUCACUAAGCGGAUGACCGCCAUUGAAGAAAUGGCUGGCAUGGACAUACUCUGCAGUGACAAAACUGGGACACUCACCCUUAACAAGCUUACCGUCGACAAAAGCCUCAUUGAGGUGUUCCCGGAGAGAAUGGAUGCCGACCACUUAAUCUUGCUUGCUGCCAGAGCUUCCAGAGUCGAAAACCAGGAUGCCAUUGAUGCCUCAAUUGUUAAUAUGUUGAAGGAUCCCAAAGAAGCAAGAGCAGGGAUCACUGAAGUCCAUUUCUUGCCAUUCAACCCUGUCGAAAAGCGGACUGCAAUCACUUACUACGACAACAAUGGUGAUUGGCACAGGGCAAGCAAAGGAGCACCUGAGCAAAUCAUUGAGCUCUGUGAUCUCAAAGGGGAAGUCAGCAAGACAGCUCACAAGAUCAUUGCUAAUUUUGCUGAUCGUGGCCUUCGUUCCUUAGCUGUCGCCUAUCAGACGAUUCCAGACAAGAACAAGGAUAGCGCAGGAUCACCAUGGGAAUUCGUGGGGCUGCUGCCACUCUUUGAUCCUCCAAGGCAUGAUAGUGCAGAAACAAUCCGACGAGCACUUGAACUUGGUGUUAGUGUCAAGAUGAUCACCGGUGACCAGCUUGCUAUUGGAAUAGAGACCGGCCGACGCCUUGGCAUGGGCACCAAUAUGUACCCUUCAUCUGCCCUCCUCACCGACAACGAUGAAUCGUCCAUGACAAUCGACGAGCUCAUCGAGAAAGCCGAUGGGUUCGCCGGAGUCUUCCCUGAGCACAAGUACGAGAUCGUGAGGAGGCUCCAAGAUAGACUACACAUCGUCGGUAUGACUGGAGAUGGAGUUAACGAUGCUCCAGCACUAAAGAAGGCCGACAUAGGAAUUGCUGUUGCUGACGCUACCGACGCAGCACGAAGCGCCUCGGACAUCGUGUUGACAGAGCCAGGGCUGAGUGUCAUAGUUAGUGCUGUCCUUACGAGCAGAGCCAUAUUCCAGAGGAUGAAGAACUACACCAUCUAUGCUGUUUCCAUCACAAUCCGUAUUGUGUUUGGAUUUCUACUGGUUGCCUUGAUAUGGAAGUUCGACUUCUCCCCCUUCAUGGUUCUCAUCAUAGCCAUCCUCAACGACGGUACCAUUAUGACGAUCUCGAAGGACAGAGUGAAGCCGUCCCCGGUGCCCGAUUCGUGGAAGCUCAAUGAGAUCUUCGCCACUGGGAUUGUUCUUGGAGCUUAUAUGGCGAUCGUGACUGUCUUAUUCUUCUGGUUAGCUGAGGACACAGAUUUCUUCUCUGCCACAUUUGGUGUGAAAUCAAUUAGAGGGAACCACGAAGAGCUUACAGCAGCACUCUAUCUCCAAGUGAGCAUUAUCAGCCAGGCUCUCAUCUUCGUCACCAGAACACGAGGCUGGUCCAUCUCUUACUCCGAACGCCCCGGGAUUUUGCUCGUCGUCGCCUUCUUCAUAGCCCAAUUGCUGGCCACCAUAAUCGCCGUCUACGCGAAGUGGGAUUUCGCCGGCAUCAGCGGAAUCGGCUGGGGCUGGGCCGGAGUCAUCUGGCUGUUCACCGUCGUCACUUACAUUCCCCUCGACGUCUUGAAAUUCCUCAUCCGCCUCGUGCUGACAGGCCACGCCUGGGAAAAUCAUCCCGAUAACCAGACGGGUAUCACGACGAAGAAGGGCUACGGGAAGGACGAGCGCGAAGCUCAAUGGGCGGAAGCGCAAAGAAUCCUCCCCGGGCUUAAGGAAGUGGAAGCGGAGUCCCCCACCGCCGCCGCGGCCGAUAUGCACCGGUACAGCGACGCGGUGUAG